CCGCCCACAGGGAGUGACGUGGCCAGCUGACCAGUGGAGUAGUUCCUGUUUGUUUAGCCGCCGGUGUUGAUCGGUUAAAGCUAAAAUUAUUAUUUUGGUUAAAAAUGUUCUUCUUGUGGUGUUUUGUGCUUCUCUGUGGCGCCGCUCUGGUGGCAGCAGCUCCUGCCGGAAGCGCUCACCUGGCGGCUACAGGCAGGUUCUGGCACAUCACAGAUCUCCACCUGGACCCCACCUACCACCUGACCUCAGAUCCCACCAAGGUGUGCUACUCGUCUAAAGGGGCCCCUGCCACCCACGCUGGCGUGUACGGCGACUAUUUGUGCGAUUCACCGUAUGGCCUCAUAGAGUCGGCUUUCAGACACAUGGCACCGCUGACCCAACCAGCAGACUUCAUCAUAUGGACUGGCGACAGUCCUCCUCACGUCCCCGUCAGUGAGCUUUCCACAGACACGGUGAUCCAAGUGAUCCACAACAUGACCCUGACCAUCAGAAAGAACUUUCCGAACCUGACUGUGUAUCCAGCUCUGGGCAACCACGACUACUGGCCUCAGGACCAGAUGCCGACUUCAACGAACGCCAUCUACCAGGCUGCUGCGAAGCUUUGGGAACCCUGGCUGCAUGCUGACGCUCUGCGCACACUGGCACAAGGUGGGUUCUACUCCCAGCUCAUCAUGCCGGGUCUGCGGCUCAUCAGUCUCAACACCAUCCUCUACUACGGUCCCAAUAAAGUCACCGUGAACAUGACAGACCCCGCCGGACAGUUUGAUUGGCUGCAGGAAACACUGCAGAGAGCCGAGAAGAGCCUGGAGAAGGUGUUCAUCAUCGCUCACGUACCGGUGGGAUAUCUGCCUUUUGCCAGAUACAUCCCGGCGAUAAAAAGCAGCCACAACGAGAGGCUCGUUGCCAUUUUCAGGACGUACAGUCACAUCAUUGCGGGACACUUUUAUGGCCACACCCAUCGAGACAGCAUCAUGGUGCUCCAGGACACAAAUGGUAAACCGGUCAAUUUGCUGUUUGUUUCACCGGCUGUUACACCAAUCAAAAAUGUUGAGGAUCCCUUCUCCAAUAACCCCGCCUUCCGCAUGUAUCUGUACGAUGCCAACAACUACACCCUGCUGGAUCUCUGGCAGUACUAUCUGAAUCUGACAGAAGCCAACGAGAAACAAAGAGCCGACUGGAGGCUUGAAUACAUCAUGACAAAGGCCUUUGGGCUGAAGGACCUCCAGCCACAAAGUCUGUUCCAGCUGGGCGUGAGCUUCCUGCAGCCACAGUGCGACGCCUUCGACCGGUACUUCAGGCACUUCAUGGUCAGCUACAACAGCAGCAUCAGGUGUGAGGGUCCAUGUAAGGUCAGCCAGGUGUGCGCCGUGCUCUUCCUGGACCAGCCGUCCUACUCCACAUGUGUGGAACGUGGCACAGCUUAGAGUUCUUCAGCCUUCUUUGUCUGCUCUCACGCUGUUUUAUUGUUUUAAAUGCUGGAAUAAUGAAGAGAACAACACAGCACACUGAAAUAUUUAAUUUGUUACAUUAUUUUCCUCCAUCAUGAAGUUUUUAUUUUGUCUGUUGGUGUACAGCAGACGUCACCGACCCUGCUCCUGGACUUCACCUGUUCUUCAUCUUUUGCUGCUCCACCCACUUGUGCUCAGCCAGUCCAGACUGAGGAAUCACCACAUCUGACCAAUCAGCUGUGGCUGUAGCAGCUAAGUGUGGGAACGUGGGGUCAGGUGACUUCUGGUUUAUAGAUGAGUCAAGUCUGGGAGGACCAAACCACAAAACCUCCCUCUGUUCUGGACGGCAACCACCCAGCCAGACAUCCGGUCCAUUCCCACCUCUUCAAAAUAACCAUCCACCUGCUGCAGCCAGGUGAAUUGUGGGCGUGUUCUCGACCUUCUUCAGCUGCUGGGGUCCUCAAACUGAGGCACCUGUGUGCUGGAUCAUGUCCAGAGAAAUGCACCACGCGGACAAAAUGUUGUAGCUGAUGUUCCCGCUCAGUGAUCCUGAGAGGGAACAUCAAGGAUCCUCCAGAGAGACCUGGUACCAAAGAAAUCCAAGCCAGUCUGAAAAACCACACAAGCCACACCAGGACUUCUGGUCUCCUG